CACUGCUAAGUCACUGAGAGCUUGCUUCUUUAUCGUUUUAAUGUUGCUUGUCUUGACUUUUUUUUCCAUUUGUGUUCGUUCUUUCUCCCAUUCAUUCCUAGCUACUUCUGUCAUUCAUUCAUAUUGGCUGGUAGAUAUUUAAGACACUAACACUACUAUCACUGGCAUUAUUAUAUAUUUUAUUACGACAGCUACUACUACCCUCUACUACUUACCGUCUCUGACUUUUAGCAGUCGUAUUGACACAUGGUGUACAUAAAACGUUUAUUUUUCAAAGACAUCAUCACCAUUAACAAGCGUUGCUGACAUCAUUUGUAUACAUACCCUCGUUUUGUUUUGGUACUUACUCAUUUACAGAAAAUAAACCUAGUUUGUCACACUAACCAUUAUAAUUUGAACAAAUAUUCACACUGCGUACACCAUACGCUCGUGCAUAAACACAUACCUACGUACAUACGCAUAUGCAUGAGCACACACAUGCACGCAUAUCCACAUAUGUACGCUUGCGGAUGCACAUAUACACGUAGACGUGCGCACAUAUAUACAUAGACGCGCGCACACUGAUGCACAGAUGCGCGCACAUUCAUGCACAAACACGCACACACGCAUGCAGAAUCUCGCGCGCGCACACACACGCAAGCUACAUCAUAGAAGCGAGAGGAGGGGUGUAUAUGAUUGAGGCGAAAGUGUUGGUGUUGACGGUGGCGGCGUCAGUACAGCUUUGCGAGGAGUUGGCAAGGUAAAAAAAGCGACUAUCCUGAUGUGAGUGCGAGACAAAGGCACCGCUGCCGCUACUCACUACAUUGGGUUAGCUAUGUCCCUCCCUGAACCGGGACAUGGCUUCAGUGUGGAAGCUGACUUCAUCGAGAAAAACGGCCGUCAGACUUGGAUUACAAAACUCUGCUGUUGUAGCCAAAUCAUGGCCAAUGUGAAGAUAACCCAAGCUAAACGGAUAUCCCGGACUCUCUCUGAGAUUGCUCAAUGGAGUAAACUGUGGCGUUUGAUUCAGGGCAGUGACUGUGACACAUGUCGAGACUUGGGUGUUGAUUUGGCACCCAGUGGUGCUUCUUCUCAGCUAGAUCAAGAGCUUGAUCACAGAGUGAAGCGUUUUCUGAUGGAGCGUCAUAUACUUCGCAUCCAUCUUCCAAAUGGAGGAUUCAGUAUGGUGAAAUAUGGCGAUGCAACCGACAUUAAGGAUAUAAUUCGGCUGGUUGUUGGUCGUCUAAAUGUGAGUGAGUCAGUUUAUUCCCGAUGUUAUGCUCUGAAGUUGGUACAUACACAAUCGCGAGAGAGUUUUUGGUUGCAUAAUGACCUGACCAUGUUCCAAGUUCAAGAGAAAUAUAAUCUGAAACAUCCUUACGAAGUGUGGAGGUUUGAACUCCGGGUACGUUAUAUGCCUGAUUCCUACAAAACUCUCCAGCUGAAGGAUAAAGUGACAUUCGACUACCUCUAUGAUCAGGUUCGGAAUGACUACAUGCUCGAUGUGGCAGAACAUGUUGACCAUGAUGUUGCUAUUCGACUUGGUUGUAUUGAAAUGAGGCAUUUCUUCAAAGACAUGCCCCAGGCUGCUCUAGACAAGAAAUCAAAUUUUGAGUUUCUAGAAAAGGAAGUUGGAAUUAGGCGAUUUAUACCACGGAAUAUUAUUGAAUCCACAAAGCCUAAAAACUUACGAAGAUUAAUUCAAAAUCGUUUUAAGACUUAUUCGUCGUUGAGUGAAACUGAAUGUGUUUUUAAAUUCUUUGAAACUUUGUCUACUGUUACCAAAUUCAACCAAGAGCGCUUUAAAUGUGCCUUAGGAUAUGGCUGGAGCAUUUCUGUAGAUUUGGUGGUUGGACCAGAUGUUGGCAUCAGUUAUCUCACAGAAAAAGCUUCCACGCCAACUCACAUUGCUGAUUUCACUGAUGUAGAAUCUAUCCAGACAUUAUCUGCCACUUCUGAUGACAAAGGUGUAUUACAGCUGAAGAUAGCCGGUGCUACAGAACCUUUGACUUUAACCUGUGUGUCUGUAAGUGGUGCUGAAGACAUGGCAGAUCUUAUUGAUGGUUAUUGUCGUUUGGUCAACAACACACAUAGUUCUUUGUGGAAACGAAAAGCCAACAAUUUCAGAUGUUCAUCUGCCUCCGAAAGUGAAGCAGAUACUAUGCCACGGACAUCUCGUUCUAGUAUUCAGCAAUCAUCAGGUAGUAACUACAGUAGAGGCAAUGACCCUCUCACUCCUACAGAGCGUUUGUCAGAUUAUGCUGAAAUUGUAGAAGAGGAAGGUGACUACAGUAUCCCAGAUGGUGAAAAUCUAUGCGUUUCUCGCCGGAAGAAAGAUACUAAGCCCAAAAAUUAUGAAAUAGAACGAGAAUCCAUUCAGCUUGAAGAAAUCUUAGGUGAGGGGCAGUUUGGUGAUGUGUAUCGGGGCUUAUUCUAUGAUAAGGACAAGAAGGAAAUUCCAGUUGCUGUGAAGACUUGUAAAGAAGAUGAUGAAAACUUAAUGACUGAGAAAUUUCUAGAAGAAGCUUAUAUCAUGCAACAGUUUGACCACCCUCAUAUCAUUAAGUUAAUAGGUAUUUGCUCUGUGUCUCGCCCAGUUUGGAUCAUUAUGGAGCUGGCAAAACAUGGAGAGAUGCGGGCUUAUUUACAAAACAAUAAACAACGUCUGGAUCAAGUAACAUUGAUUAAAUAUGCUUAUCAAUUGAGUACAGCUCUAUCUUAUUUAGAAAGUAAAAAGUUUGUUCACCGUGAUAUUGCUGCUCGAAAUGUGUUAGUUUCUGGAAGUGAUUGUGUUAAACUUGGAGACUUUGGCCUAUCAAGAUGGGUUGAAGAGCAAAGUUAUUAUAAAGCUUCUAAAGGCAAGUUACCAAUCAAAUGGAUGGCACCAGAAUCUAUCAACUUCCGUCGUUUUACAACUGCAAGCGAUGUCUGGAUGUUUGGUGUUUGUAUCUGGGAGAUCCUGAUGUAUGGUGUGAAACCUUUCCAAGGAGUGAAAAAUAAUGAUGUGAUUGGUAAAAUUGAAGGUGGAGAACGACUACCUCUUCCACAAGAUUGCCCUCCCUCCUUGUACUAUCUGAUGUGUUCCUGCUGGGCUUAUGAACCUUCAAAGAGGCCUUCAUUUGCAAAAUUAAGGACUUGGCUAGGAUCAAUCCUGCAAGAAGAAAGAUUUCGUCUUGAAGAAGAGAUGAAGAGAGAUAAUCGAAGAGUGCGUGGAAUAUCUUGGGCUUCCAAUGAAUCUGAAGAUGAACCCCCGCCUAAGCCUGCUCGUCCUAGCCAGCCCAUCUCCCCGACUGGUUCCACUCCUAACUUGUCUUCUGACAGGACAGAUUUCCAAACUGACCACCACUGGAACAGCACUGCCUACCUCCCGUGUAGUCACGGUGACACAACCAACUCAAAUACGGGUAUCAGAAAGUUUGAUAGUUUGGACAAUGACGGUAUAGCUCGGGGAUACUUUUCUGCCGUCAGUGGUUACGGCCAGCUCCCAAAAACACUGCCAGCUGGGGGUUCAGCUGGUAUCAGUGCAGAGCGCGACGUACCUCUGCCGCAUUUUAAUUCAACGCAGGACAUGCAUCUGCUGAGGAGGAGUAAAGACCUUGCUGAACUGACAGCCACAGAACCAUACCAAGUUCCCUCCCCUAACAACACUCCAGCAUUUUCAGCUUCAACAUCCCAACAUCCUGGAACAAAUCCUCAGGAAAAUAAUAAUUCACUUCAUUCAAACUGUGAAACCAGCUCUCUGCUGCCACAGAUUCCCACUGAAGAGAUGGAGCAACAGAAGUUGGAGGAGAGGCUAAAACAACAGCAACGUGAUUCAGAAGAAGAUGCCAAAUGGUUACAGAGCAGAGAAAAUAGACUGGUCCAUACUAAUGACAACUUAAUAUUUCAUGCUCAGACCCAACCUGCUUCACCUGCUCCUCCUUCUGGACGUCUUACUAGACUGUCUAGUCAAGUAUCCAACAGCAGCACAAGUAGUAGUAUUAGUGAUGCCGAUAUUCCAAGUAUGUCAAGAAAUGCAAAGAACCAGAUUCCACCAACUGCUGAAAUGGAUCGUACUAAUGACUUAGUAUAUGAAAGUACUACUAAUGUGGUGCGAGCUGUCAUGGAACUGACCAGAGUGGCUCAUUUGGUAAGACCAGAUGAUUAUAUUGACUUUGUACAGAAAAUUGGAGGUGCUUUACGGGAUCUGUUAUCUAAUGUUGAUCUGUUGCUGCCCUCUUUCCAUCUGGAUGACCAACAUCUGGUAUCAUCAUCCCAGAAAGUGCUAAGUAGUGAUAUGGCAUCACUAGUUGAAGCCAUGAAAGUUGCUCAGCAGUACAACCUUGCCAUGGAAGCUGAAUAUUUGAAACGUAUGCUUAAAGCUGCCCACACUCUAGCUAUGGACUCUAAAAACUUGCUCGACACAGUUGAUGUGACUCGCUUAAAAUACAAACUUGUGCUGCAAAUGGACGGCAUUAAAACUACCUGACUUCUCUGCUGAUCACGUUUUGUGUUUCUUACAUAAAUUUCAUCUUUAAAAAAAAAACAAAAACAAAAAACUGUUGCUUCUUCUUCCUCUUCUUUCUUCUCCUCUUUAAACAUUUUAUUUUCCACCUCUUUCCCCCUUGCUCAUCUUUUAUCCCCCCCCUCUUAUAUGGCUAAGAGACAUUAACUGAGCAAAGGUACCAAAAUUGGGGAGGGGGAAGGGGGUGCUUGUGAUUCUUGAGUUUGUUCACAGUCACAUGCUGCUUCAGGCAUUGUAUUUGUGUCACUGUGAGCCGCGCGACCCUAUAGCAUUCAGAAAUAAUGUCAAAGCAUUUGUAACAAUUCAAAUAUAGAAAGAAAGAAAAGAAAGAAAGAAAGAAAACUUGAUGAAACACAUGAAAGAACUGAGACAGUCUAUGUAGGUUUGGUAAGGUAACUGGCAGCAUGGUGAUGGGGACAAGGUUUUCCUACAACCAAAGUUAAUCUUCCGACUGGUUUGGUAAGAACAAAAUGGCACCAUCUAUCAAAGCAGCCGAGUUUAGCCUGUUUGAUUGCUGAAAGCUUAAUCUGGAAGACAGGCUAAAAUCAGGAGCUUCGUUCAAUAAAUGUUUAAGAGAAAGAAAUUUAAAUGGUUUACUCUUUAGCAUUCAUAAUAAUAAUAAUAAUUGGUGAUUGUGUUGUUGAAAUAGAAAAGACAAAGUUAUGAAAUGACAAAAGAAAAACAAUAUGACUUCCUGUUAGAUUUGGUGAAAGGUUUUCUAAUUACCAAAGAUAAUGUAUCAAUAAUGCAUAUGAACUGAGCAGUAUAAUCUUAGCUUAUCUUAGCAAGAUAUUUCAUUGCUGUGUAUGUAUGUUUGUAUGUAUGUAUGUGUGUAUGGUGAUGCAAACAGGAAAAAUAGAACUCAAAUAUGAGUAUAUGUAUAUUUUUAUUAAUACUUAGCAACAGAGUGACUAAGAGUUGAGAGUGCCAGUGCAUGAAACACUUGGCCAUUGAGUCACUUUGUUGCUUCUCCUAUGUAUUAAUGGAAAAUAUAUAAUGUACAAGCAUGCAUAUAUAAUCAUAUAUACAUGUGUGUGUGGGUGUAGCUGGUUAAACCAGGUAGCUGGAAUUGACUGAUCUGAAUGCUAAAGGGAUAAUUAAACUCCAACUGCCUAAUUGAGAAAUUCUUAUUUCGCACUGCUCUUGCAGACAUCAUUCUUUGCUCAGGAGUUUUCACUUUAAAAAGAGGAAAAAAAUAAGCAAAAAAAACCAACAAUGUCGUCCCCUUCCCCUCUCUUCUGCUGCUAGAGACAACUUAUUAUUUUUAUGUGUAAUCAAAACGGUUGGUGUUUUUUUUUAAAUUUUAAAUAAUGUUUAACUAUUGUUGAAAUUCUUGGAUCAUUGUUAAAAAUUCUUCAAAGAAAGUUACACACACUUAUACACACAUUUUUAUAUAUAUAUAUAUAUAAAUAUAUAUAUAUAUAAUUUGUAGAGAAAGAUUUUUUUUAUCAAUAUAUCAGAACAAAUUACAAUCAAAUUUUAUCUCAACUUACAUUAAGUUUUGUAUUCUGUUAUAUAUAUAUAAAUAUAUAAAAUAAGGAUACAAAAAUUAAUUCUGUAUAACAUAUAGAAUAAUUCUUUCUUAUCACUUCUACAUAUAGUUCUUUAGACUGUCAGUCUGUCCAAGUCUUUAAGAACAACAGAUUGUGGUGGGGAGGGAGAGAAAACAUCUUGUUUUUGACAAAAUUUUUUAAAUAAUGAAGAUAUUUUUUUUUUUUUAUUUCAAAGUUGAAAAUUAUUGAAAUGUAAAUGUUUUCCCCUAAAUAGCAUUCAUAAUACUAGCAAAUAUAGAGGUAUGUUGGUGUAAUCCCUUAAAAGCUGAUAAAAUAUGGACACUAUGAAAAGUUUUGGCAUCCUCUGUGAUUUUUUUGGCAAGAAUUAGCCUGCUACCAAAAUGCCAAUUACAUGUUAAUGAAACCAGAAAUGACUGGUUGGAAAGAAACUGUAUUGUCUUUUGAAUGUAGCUUGGCUAGUUUGAACCUGUUUCAAUGCUAAAGGGUUCUAGUUUUAUAAAAAUAGAAAUAGGCUGUUUAAUUGUUAGUUUAUGUCUAUUCUAAAUCUGAAUUUUAGAUACACACACAUACAUACACAUAUGAACGUACAUGUAAUAUAUAUUCAUGUACACACACACACACAUGUAUAUAAUACAUACACAUUUAUACACACCUACCUACACAUAUAUUUAUAAUGCAUUACUUAGUAGAAAUGUAUUUAAAAUAUAUUUCUAAUCUUGUUAAAAUAGAAAUAAGUUUUAAAAUAUUAUUCAGUAUCUAUUUUCAGCAUAAAUAUUUGAUGUUGUCAACAUUGGGAUGAUAAUGACUAUUGUUAUUAUUUUUAAAUUAAAUAUCAGCUAUUCAGAUUUUAUAUAUACAAUAGUUAUUGUUAGUAUUCUAGAAAGUUCUUUUAGUUUUGUUGUUAAUCUUAGUUUUCCUUUUUUCUUUUUUGGCAGGGGUUCUUAUUACCUCUGUGUUCCUCUGUGUUACUUCCAUGUUACAAGAAUUUUGGUUAUCUAUUUUGUAUAUAUGAUAUUUUAUUUAUACAUAUCUGAAUUUUUUACAACUACUACUAUAAUAAUAAUGUUUUCUGACAUAGACAUUGGGCCACUCAUUUUGGAGGAAUGAACUGUUGAUUAAAUUAACUCCAGUAUUUAACUGGUACUUCAGUAAUAAAUAUCAAUGCUGUAGCAAGGUGUCAUAGAAGAAGCAAGUGGCAUAGUUCAGGCUCUGGGCAAGCAGAGAACACAAGGUGGGUUUCAAUCCUGACUUGAAGCAAAGUCCCUUCAUUUACACUGCUAUACUCUUGAGAAAGUGUGAAUUCCACAACACUCCAUCUUCUCAUCAAAAUAGGGUCAUGUACCGAUAGAUAAAAAGGGACUUGAUGGUAUUGUUUUAUAACAUUGGCACCAGGCCACAAAUUCAAGGGAACAUUUGGUUAAAUUGACUCUAGUACUUGAAGUACAGUAAUAGUGGAUGUGAUUGAAGGGAUGUCUCUGGAAAAAUUAGUGGAAUGUGUUGGAAGAACUGAUGCAAUCAUUUUGUUUAUUCAGCAUUUCUUUUCUGGUUGUGUUGAUAAAUUAUUAGCUGGGGCUUUAGCUAAUGAAUAGCAUGUUUGUGUAAAUAGGUAGCUAAAACUUUGUAUAUGAUACAGUAAAACAAUAAAAAUGCAGUAACAUAAAAAAAAUGAGAAAUCUCCCAAGAGCAAAUUGAUCUUAGCAUGUCAUGGUUAUGGGAUUAUUUUAUAAAUCCUUAGUUAACCACCAUGCUGCAAAACUUGCAGCAAACAGAUAAACAUACUUUUGCUGAAUUCAAAAAAAGGUAGGAAGAAAGAAUAAAUAUAUAUAUAAAUAAAAGCAAACACACACACACACACACAUGUGCAUAUAUAAACUCACACAUGCACACACAUAUGUAUAAACAUUAGUUUUCUCAUAAACUGUUGUUGGUGGAUAUUUGAAAAUGUUAUUCCAUGGCUUCUAACAGUUGAAGUCAAGAGCCAAGUAAAAAAAGGGGGGGGGGAUAAAUUUAGAUUAUUGAACAUAUUAAACUUGUAUAUGAUUUCUCUCCAUGCCUUUCCCCCCCUCUUGAGCCAUGCAAUCUAGAGAUGAUAUGUGAAAUAAAUGUGUGUUUGUGUAUGUAUGUAUAUAGUGGGUCAUCCCACAAAUAAUGUGGGGUUUUUUGUACUUCUUUUAUUUUUCAAAAUUAAGAUAAAGUUCUUUUUUAAUCUAAAACAUACUCUCCUUCAUUUUCUACAAUGCUCUUCCAUCUCUCUGGUAGACUUGCAAGUCUCCUCUUCCAAAAUCCGCUUGUCCAUGACAAAAAAUACUCAUCCAGUACUGUUCUGACCUCAUCUACAGAAUUCAAUUGUUUUUCUUCCAAAUGAUUUUGAAGACUACGGAAUAAAUGAUAAUCAGAUGGGCGGGGCAUCGUUUCCCAUUCAAACUGCUUCAGCCUUUACAAUGUCAUCCUCGUUGUAUGUGGCCGAGCAUUAUCCUGAUGGAAGAACAUCUUUCGUCUUAAAACCAAAGAUGGUCGUUUUUCUUCUAACGCUAACUUAAGCUGCUCAAGUUGCUCACAGUAGAUCUCCUUUGUUAUCGUUUGAUUUGGGUUUAAAAGUUCAAAGUAGACUAAACCUUUCAUAUUCCACCAAACAGAUAACAUCUUAUGUGGGUGAAGAACUCCUUUAGCCUGGAAUGCCAGUAUUUCUCCUUUCCUUACCCACUGUCUUCGGUACUUGACAUUUUUAUAGAGAACCCAUUUCUCAUCACUAUUUAGUCCCCAAAAGGUUCAUUUGUAAGACAUGACAGCAAAGAAGGGCACAUAUUCACUAUCUGUGUGCAAUUAGACUUGGAAAGUUUGUGAAGAACCCAUUGACAUAAUUUGCUGGCUUUUCCAAUGGCACACAGGCAUUGAUGAAUGGUUGAAUGAUCAAAUCCAAGCUUCUCUGCUAGCUCCUCAACAGUUACAAUGGGAUUUCCACCUGGGUUUGCAAGAUGUCCUCAUCGAGCUCUACAGAUCUUCCAGGACGAGGCUUGCCUUCCAGGCUAUAGUUUCGGCUUGGAAUUUCUGGAACCACCAUUGACACUGGCUUACACUUAUUGUCCGAUCCCUAUAUACUGCAUUAAUAUUCCUUGCCUUUUCUGUUGCGUUGUUGCCUUAAUUGAACUCAUAAAGCAAAAUAUGCCGAAUAUACUCCUUUGUCACAUCCAUUAUAGCUUUGAAAAAAUAACUUAAAAUCAAAGUGCACACUUCAAAAUUUGCACUAAGAAUAGGGACAAGGUAAAAUUAUUACCUGCUUCUAUAGCAAGUUGAUGCUGAUAGUUUAUCUCAUCCCCCUCUGACUUUUAGUUCAUGCAAUUGAAAAAAAACGCAUUAUUUAAGGGAUGACCCAAUUCACGUGUGUAUGUAUGUGUGUAUGUAUUUCAUCUAGCUUUGUUUUGGUUUUUGAUUCUUCCUAUUUGAAAAAAAAAGCAUUUGUUAUUUGUUUAUUUAUUGUAGCAUUUAUACAAUUCUGUUUUCAAAAAUUUAGAAUUUUGAUGCUUUUCCUUCCUUGAUUAAUUAUUUUAUUUUCUGUUGACAUCUUUUCACUGAAGACAAGCAAAUGCAAAAUUUUAUAGAAAAAGAAAUUGCAGAAUUCAUGUGUCGAAAUGUGUGUGUGUUUCUGUUAUAUACUCACACAUACACAACACACACACACGCAUAUAUAUAUCAAAAGGAUGUGUUAUAAUAAUAUUCCACAGCCAUACCAACAAUCCAACAUAUAUGUACACGCACACACGGACAUGCACGUUUGUAAUUGAUGUCACUUGAAAGAUACCAUUAUUCCAACUGUUUCUCACAAGCUCCUCUAAUUUCUUGUAAUAUGAAUUGCCAUAAAUUGCAGUUGUAUAAAAAGUCUGAUAUUUUUAAGUGUGAAAUCAGAAGUCAACAUACUUGUCAAGUAUGAAACCUGAACCUUUUACUGACUGCUAGGAAUCGGAGAUUGGGAUUUUUGCCUCCUUUUCAGUCCCUCCCCACUCCUUACUGAUUUGUCUUUUUGUUUUAAUUAAAAAUUUUUUUUUUUUUUGUUUUUGCUAGUUUGGAAUUUCAGAUUGUUAAAUCUGCAAUGUUUUCAUAAACUGAAAUGUUAUGGUGUGGUAAAAUGGAUCUGAAAUUUGAAUUAAGGGAUCAAAAUUCAAUUUUAAAGGAGUUGGGAGACAUACAACAACAGGACUUUUUGUUCGUUUGUUUUUUUACAAAUCUUUUAUCUUUUAAAUGUUAGCAUCAUGCAAGUUUCAAAAGAAAAUGUAAUAAUGAGAGGAAGAGCUAGAGUGUUGUUUUUUUUUAUUCUUUUAAAACAUCAAAUAGUUAUUAGUUAAAAUAACAUUAAAAAAGAAUGAUGAUGAUUACAAUGCUGAAGGAAGAGACAAAGAAUGGAAAGAAUAUUUAAUACUUUAGCAUUAAUAAGCUCUAAAUUUGUGUCAAAUUUGUCUGUCUCUUCUCUACUGAACAUUUAUAUUACAAUUCAAAUAAGUUAGCAAGCUUAAACUAUAAUUCCCCCACUCCCUCUCUGUUCAAUUUGAGCUGUUGUACCUAAAUCAUAAAUCAAUAAUUUCUAUAACAGUUAUGGAAUAGAUUAUAGUAAUAAUAAUGAUAACAAUUAUUACUAUUACUUCUGUAUUUUAAUAGUAACUUUUAAAAAAAAUUAUUUUAAAUGAUAAUAUGCUAUAAUAGUUUUAAUGAAAUAAUAGUAAACUGGAUGUCUCAAUUUGAGAUCAUAAUUUAGAUUUGAUUUGUAAAAUAUUCCUUAUUGAUUGAACUAUACUUAACCAGCACCACCAACUCCUGCAGCAGAACAACAGGAUAUUUUGUUUCUGAAAUUUUUUUUUUUUUUCUGUUUUUUUUUUUUGUUUUUUUUUUACUUGUAAUUCCAAACCGGAAAAGAAGGUGAAGGGUGAGGAAGAGAAGUAUGGAAGUGUUUUAAAAAUGAUCAAAAUUCUGAUUGCUGCGCAUAAUGAUGAAUGUGUGCAACAGCCAACUUAACAACACUUGCUGUGCUGCACCACUUAACCAUAAACCAGUACAGAGGUAUUUUACUGUUGAAAUUAGUGAUUGAUGAACCAAUAUAUUUAGCUAACAUACAUAUAAAAAUUAUAUUGUUAAUUGACUAUAUAUCUCAUUCAGUCUUAUCUUUUAUGGGGUGUUUGGAGGAUUUUUACCUCUCCCUUGGGGCAAAACAACAACAUUACAAUCAAAAUACAAACUUGGUAAUAGUAGGAAAUAAAUGACACACACACAUACACAGGUGCAUAUGUAAAGCAAGUGUUAAUAAUGUUAAUUAUUAAUACAUGAUAAACCACUUUUGGAAAUUUUGGAAGGGGGGCAAGGUGUGUAUAUCAAUCCCAGUGCUGAACCGGUACUUGAUUUCCUUGACUCUGAAGAGAUGAAAGGCAAAGUCAGCUUCAAUGGAAUUUGAACUCAGAUGAAGACAGGCAAAAUGCCACUAAGCAUUUUGUCCAGCUCGUUAACAAUUCUGCUUGCUCUCUGCCUUCAGUUUUAAUUAUAAUUUUUUUUCAAUUAUAAUCACAAAGCCUGAACAUUUGGAUGAAGGGACCAGUCAAGUGUUUCAGUCCUACUUUGAUGAGAUUUGAACUCAGAAAGUAAUGAGCCAGAGCUAUUAUCACAAUGCAUUUUUCCUCAUCCUCCUAACAGUUCUGCCAAUCCAGCACCCUACUAAUAGUAAUAAUUUUCUGAUUUAGGCACAAGACCAGUUUUGAGGGGAAGGAUCUAGCUGAAACCAACAACCCCAGCACUAAACUGAUAUUUUAUUGACCCUGAGGAAUGAAGGUGAAGUUGGUCUUGACAGGCUUUGAACUCAGAACAUACCAAGCCAGAACAAAUAUCAUAUGGCAUUAUUCCGACUCCCUAACAAUCCCUGCCAGCUCUUUACAGCUUCAAUUAUACUAUUACUAAUAAUAAUUAUAAUAAAGAAAUUUAAAUUUUUCAGAAUCCUAUUAGGUUUGAGUAUCAAUUUGUGAUGGAAAAGUGUGAACAAUCCCACUGACAUAAAUGGGAUUGUUGCUAUUUUGUCUGCUUUGUAAUAACAGUAAUAAUGGUAAACAUGAAAAUGAACUGUUACUCAAAUAUUUAGGAUAUAAAUUAUUUACCCUCCUACACCAAGGCUAUUAUUAGUUAGAUAAUUGUUUAAAUGUCUUGAGGGGUUUGGUGUGAUGAGGAGUGUCCAUCGAUAGGAAGACAGCAGUAUUGACCUAACAUGCAAUUACAAAGAAAUGGACUGAAAGAAGUUGUGACAAUGCCUUUAGGAAGAACUUCGUUUAAUAAAACAACUGAAUGAGCUUUAAAUUUAAUGCUUCUGGACUUGCUUUGCUGGUAGCCUUAUCUUAACAUCUAUUCUGUAGUACUUACUCUUCUUACAUACCUAUGUAUGUAUAUAUAAUGUUUAUCUUUGUAUAGUUGAGCAAGAGUUGUCAAUAUAUUCCAGUGGUGAUAUUUAGUGCAAAUUGAUAGUAACAUUCUGAACAGUUGUAGUUUGACAAUGUAAAAAUAUACCUCCUUUAUAGUUUAUAUUGAGUGUACAUUUUCUUAUGGACAACUGUCAAUAUAAAUAGAAUAUGGGUGUUAAAAUUAUGAUAUAAAAAGACACUAGGGUUUUGCUCUGAAUUCAAAAAAGGAAAAAAACUUUUCUCAACAUUUGGUAUAAUGUGUAUUUAUGUAUGUAUGUGUGUAUAUAUAUAUAUAUAUAUAUAUAUAUAUAUAUAUAUAAAAAAUGUAUGUGUCUGUGUAAAAAUGAUUUCACAUUUCAUGAUUGAUUGAAAGCAAUUCACCGUAAGUUUCAACAGAGAGCUUGAAUGAAUCCACACACAUGAAACUCUGAGUUAAUCAUUGACUUAACACAGAUAACAAACCCAAUCAUGUGUCAAGUUUUUGGUACAACCUUGUUAUUUAUUAGUUAUAUAUCCUGCAACUUAGUUAUGUAUGAAAAAUCAAAUAAAACGAUGGGAGGGGGGGGCACCAUAUUCUGUUUAAUGUAAAUUUAAGAGCUUUCAAUAAAAUUGAAGUGUUAGGUUGGUUAAUUGUAAAUCUUACAUGGAAUCUCAGGGUUUCACUGGCUGACAUAUACUGUUUCUAGGUUCAUGGGGCUAAGAUAAAUAUAUAAACCUGUACAUUGCAGUGAAUUGUAAUUACCUUAUGGUUCUAACAUAAAAUUUAGUGGUCUUGGCUGUCUUAAAAUGGGGUUCAGAGCACAAUCCAAUACUAAGACUCAGUCUUUCAGCCAAUUAUCUACUUCCUUAAAAAUCUUUACAAAAUUUUGCCCUGCCUUGUUGAAAAUACUGCAUUUUAUUUGUGGUAAAGAGCACCAAACUAAAUGCUUUACAGUAUUUAGUCAUGCAUGUUUACUUCUGUAGCUCAACUCUUUUGAAGGCAUGGCAGACAAAAUAGUUUAUGCAAUGCUAGAAGAAGUAACUCAACAAACACCGUGCAGUUAUAUAUGGCUAAUAACCAUUUUUUUCCUUCAUGUAUGUUUAAUCAUAUAUAUGCUUAGUAUUUGAGGUUUGUUAAUGUGGUGGUAAUCCCCCCCUCCCAGUCUAUCUCUUUCUUAAGCUUUGUCUAACAAGGAUACAGUAUUUGUAAAAUUCAAUUUUCAGGAAUUCUGGAAGGAGGCAGCGUUUGAUGAAACAAACAUUAAAACAAAAUGAUAUAUUUUUGUCAAUUUACUCCAUCACCAAAUAUAAGGUUAACUGUCUGAAAAAUAACCUCACUAACAUCAAUGCAUUUCAGACCGAUAUUAUAUCAAGAAUAUAAUUUUGAUUAUUUUGUUGGUAUCAUUUAACCCAGGUUAAUCUUGCACAUUUAUCACUAAAGGCUUUCUAGCCAUGACAAUAUAGUCUUUGGGGAGUAUCCCAAAAUAGUUUCUCUGUAUGUUUUUUUUAUCUUUUUAAGAUAGAGGUGUGUGAUCUGAGGGGAAUUAGGUACUAUAUUUAGCAAAUUGGGCAAUCAUGAAAUUCCCUCAUUAACUUGUCAUUUAUUGAUUUCAUUAAACUGGCUACUGGAACAUACUGGACCCGACCCCACUCAUGUGUUUGUGCUUUAAAAUAGCUUACAAAUUUUUUUUCAAAUUUUAACACAAACACUGCAGUGAAUGAGGGUUAAGCUGGUAGCAUGGGACCAAAAGUUGAUCUUUAACUGGUUCAUAUCAAAAGAAGGUGAAUAAGAUUGCAUAGUUUAUGUGCUCCCAUUUCUCUCACCAAAAAACAAAGUUGUUCUGAUGUGUAAAUUUCUCCCACUCACACAACUACAUAUGUAUAGAGUAAUCACCAAAUUUCUUUAGUUCUUUUAAAGCUAAAAAUAUGUUGGUAGUUUUUUUUUUUUGUUGCAUGUCUAAUGGCCACUAAAAUUUAUAUGAGACGAAGCUAUACAUAGUUAAAGUGGUGCUAAAUUUGGACAGUUAUCACAAGAAUCCUGCUAGCCAAGCUCUCUGUCCCUCACACACUUUUUUAUAUAUAUAUAUAGCAAAUCGUGUGUGUGUAUAUAGUUUGACAGAAUGAUCCAUGUAUGUAAAACGUGUGUGUAAAUAUAUAUAUGGGGAACAAUGUUUCUUUUAGACAUGUAUUGAAUAUACACCCUUGUGUUCCAGUUUUAUCUUUUUUAUCUUAUAAAAAUAUAGAAAAAUAAAAUAUAAGAAAAAUCUUUGAUAAGAUGAAAAUAGGACGCAGUUACAGAGUCAGUACAAUAUACAUACACACACGUGUGUGUGUGUGUGUGUGUGUGAUUGAGAGAGAUGCUGUAUAAAUAAUUUAUUGUAUUGAUCCAUUUAGUUGGGGAGGUUGACACCUCUCACUUGCAAUGUCUUAUUGGUCUGGACAGAAAAUUCUUAAACACAUACAUAAAUGCACACACACACUAUUUGAAGCUUUUUCACCAUAAAUAUUGUUAGUGGUACCCUUGGAGGAGAAUUAUGAAAGGUAUAUGCCAAUAACAAUAUUAUUGCUACUCCUAGUAAUCAUAAUUUCACUGAUAUAUAGCAUAAUGUAUACAGUGUAAAUGGAAAGGGUGGUAUGAAAUCUCAAGAAAGAUAGUGUAGAAUUAUUAAGGUGGUAAGCUAAUAAUGCUUGGUGGCAUUUCUUUUAGCUCCUUAUGUUCUGAGUUCAAAUUCUACUGGGAUCAGCUUUGCCUUUCAUCCUCUCAGGGUCAUUAAAAUAAAUACCAGUUCAACACUGAGGUCGAUAUAAUCGACUUAAACUCUCCUCCAAAAUUGCUGGCCUUGUGGCAAAAUUUGACACCAUUGUUAAUAUUAAGCAGCAAGCUGGUAGAAUCUAACUAUUCUACCAGCAUGCCAGGCGAAAUGCUUAGCGGCAUUUUGUCUCUCUUUACAUUCUGAGUACAAAUUCUGCCGGGGUCAACUUCACCUUUUGGAACUGAUAAAAUAAGUACCAGCUGAUUACUGGAGUCGCUGUAUUUGACUUACCCCAACUCCUAAAAUUGCUGGCCUUGUGCCAAAAUUUGCAGCCAUUAUUAUUAUUAUUAUUAUUAUUAUUAUAUACUUUUGCUAUAGAUUAUAUACACACAUCUCAGUUUAGUCCCUGGUUCCAUAUGGAGGACUUUGAGCAGGUCAGUGUAUAGGUGGAAAAUUAGGCAGAUGACAUAGGGCUAAACAUGAACUUUGAACUUUCAAGAAACAAAGUCGACUAAUCCACCAAGCCGAAUCCUGACCUGUAUAUAUUAAUUAGUCUAACAGCAAUGAUGAUGAUGAUGAUGAUGAUGAUGAUAACAGCUUGGUGUAUACUCUCUGUCUAUUUUCACACACAUACACAUAUUUAUGACAAUAAAACUGAAGGGAGAAAAAUUCCCCUAAAUUUGUUAACCUUUCAUUUUUUUUUUUCUUUUCCCAUUUUCUGGUUUUUACUGAAUAGUAGAUCUGUUAUCUUUCCCCACUUUCUUUUGAAAUUGAACAGUUUAGAUAAAAACAACAACCUACCCUCUUCCUCUCCCCAAAAAUUAAAUUAACAAAAUUUUUUAAAAUAUAUUUCUUGUACCUCCCAAACAUGUCCACCCCAACUCCACAGUUUCAGAAAUAGGAGAGAGAAAAAACCAACAGCAAAAACAAAAAAAAAAAGAAACAUUUUUAAGAAUUAAGAAGCUGUGUGACUAACAUAUAUACAUACAUAUAUAUAUGUGUGUGUGUAUAUAUAUACAUCUAUAUAUAUAUAUAUAGAGAGAGAGAGAUAAAUUAUUUCAAAUUCUUCAAUUUGAUAUUAAUAUUAUUACUAUUAAUAUUCUUUUUUUUUUUUUUUCUAUAUAAAUAUAUAUAACAAUUCUAAAUGAAUAAAAGUUAAUUUUUUUA